GAAAGUGUUGCGAUGCGGUUGCCCGACGGGGUAGACGGAGUUGCGGCACAAAUCUCAGGUGUGUCGACGUUCCUCAUCUCAAUCGCUUGCUCGUGCUGCUUCGUGGUGCUGACACUGGCUAUGGGCAUCAAGUUCCCCUGGUUCCGGCGGCAAUUGCGCCUCGGCACCGUGGCCCAGAUGACGGCCACGUUGGAGGCCAACGUUAAAAAAGAAUCGGCUGCCAGGGCAACGAACGUGCCUUCCCAGGGCGUUUUCAAGCGCUGGGACCAGGAAGAAGCGGGGCCGCCGCCUGAACCUCAACGGGUCGUUCUUCGCAAGGACAGACCGGCACCGCCACCGCCCCAGGUUCCCAGAAGCAGGUCGUUGCCCCCGGCGAGCAGAAAGAGCGAACGGCCGGAAGUGCCGGCUCCAGUGGCCCCAAGGACGGGAAGCAUCAAAGAGACCUCGCAAGGUCGCAGGGAGCGCAAGGUCGAGGACGAGAGGCUGAAGGAGUUGCAGAGGCAAGCGAAUUUGGCGGUUCCGGCGCAAAGGUCGGCCAGCGCUAAAGAAACCUCCCAGAGUCGCAAGGAGCGCAAGCUUGAGGAGGAGAGGAUCAAGGAGUUGAAGAGACAGGAAAUGCUGAGGCGCAAAGCGGAGGAGAAGGCGAUGCGCAAGAGUGACAAGAGCAAAAAACGAGCCACGGUUGGCACCACGGUGGAGCCGGUCAGGGUGCAGGAGCCGCAGGUCAGCAGCAGGGUCAGCGAACCGCCUCCACUUCCAGCUUCUUCGCCUCCAAGCACGAGUCAGGCGCCGGCUUUGCCACCAAAAGAGAAGAAACAGCCCAAAAAAGAGGAGAAGAUUCCAGCAAGGGUCGUGUCUGAGCCGCCAAGGGUGGAAGAACCUCUGGAGAGGGCAGUGGAGCCAGAACAACCAAGAGUGGUUGAAGCUGCCAGGAGGACACCGGAGCCUCCAGUUGCGGCCCCCGAAAUUAUUGUCAACUUCGAGAAAAGGUUCCCACGAAUUCGACCAAUGGAGCCUCCGCCCAGAUUCGUCGAACCCCCUCCGCCGGAUGCUUUUGUCGUCUCAGGUACUGAGGUCAAGGGCAAAAAGAAGGAGAAGAAAAAGGACAAAAAGAAGAGCAAAGAAAAAGUGAAAAGCGCGCCACCAACGAGACGCAACCCUCGAGCUUUGGAGCCAGAGUUGGCACCGCCUUCAGUCGAAGAGGCGGUUCUUUUUGAAAAGGUCAACGGCGCCACCUUCCAGAGGAGUCUGAGCCAGGAGGGUGGUCCCAGCCAUAUGAGCCUGCAACUUCCGCAAGAAACGGUGAUGGUGCCUCGCAGUCCUCGACCGACUGUCAAGAGUCUAACAAAUCGGCCGCGGCUUCCAGCUAAGAAAAAGGCGGCGCCGCGGGCGAUUCCUGUGGCACCGCCACGGAUAUACACCCCUCCAGCGACCCCGCCACCCAAGUACGAGUCUCCAGAACCCGACAUGACCAACUUUGAGCGGGACGGGGUGUUCAGCUUCCGGUUGCCGGACUCCCCAGAGCCGAUGGAGGUGCACCCCAGUUUUCUGGCGCUGGUGCGUCCGGCGGAAGAAUCCGACGAGUGCGACGCGUGAUUCGCGUUAAUUUUUAUUUCAAAUAUUGCCACUUGGGCGAUUAAAUUGUUCGUCUCACGAGCGUUAUCGCUGUAAAUAAAUACACUGACAUAAUCUCGAGAUAACGCCGCGGGCGGCAAACGCUGUUGUCUGUCAGUCAAUAGCGCAGCGCUUUGUUUUUCCUGUGCUUGUUCCAUUUUGCUUAGCACAGGAUUUGGUUGGAAAUCGUCAGACGCCCAAUUAAAAAAAAAUUAUUUGACAAGUGCCUGAUUCAUUAUGUAGCUCAAAGAUUAUCCGUGCAAGAAUAUUAUUUGCUCACAUGAACUUCAUAUCAUGUUCUGGUAUUUAGGCAAAAUAAAUAAGAUGAACCAACAAGGAAUGCUAGUUGUUAUCAU